ACUCACCAUAUCAGUCUUCUUAACUCAACCCUUAACUGCCUUCAAUCUUUUUCCUACCCAACUGUUCCACAUUUUUUCUUUUGAAGCCUUGAUCCAAUCCCAAUUUUUAUCCACUGAUAUCUGAUCCUCCAAAACUGAAAGUUCCAAUUUUUGUAAAAAGAUUGUUUCCACUUAAGAACUGAAAACAGAGGACCCUGAAAACAGAGGACCCUGUUUUUGUGCUGCACAAAUGGCUUCCCUCUAUGAUGUGCUUGGAAUUUCAAUUGGCGCAAGCUGCGUGGAAAUAAAAGCUGCUUACAGAAAACUGGCCAGAACUUGCCAUCCUGAUGUUGUGGCCAUGAAUCAGAAGGAAAGCUCAGCUCACCAAUUCAUGAUAAUCCAAUCAGCUUACUCAACUUUAUCUGAUCCAGAAAAGAGAGCUCAAUAUGACAGAGAUAACAGAUACAGAAGAUCAUCAACCAUGGCUUCCAUGGCAGGAAAAAGUCACACAUUUUCCUGCGCUGGAGGAAGUGGGAGGAAAUGGGAAACCGACCAGUGUUGGUAGUGAUAUCAAGAUUGUAUUAUUCAACAUUUUGUCCUUCUUCUUCUUCUUUAAGCAGUCGCAUUCAGGAACACUUCCUUUUACAGAAUCGAUGAUCUUGGACUCUGGAAGUUGAUCCAUUUGUUUAUAAUAGUUUGUUCUCGUGUAUGAAAAUCUGUCAGCUGUUGUUAGCACAUUCUAAAAUAUUCAUUUUUUAAGGAAAAAAAAUAUGAAAAAUAUAAGAAAUGUCUGGUCUAAUCAACUCAUUCUUAAGAAAAGAUAGGAAGCAACGACAUCCUUUCUCUCACGCAUCUUUCUUUUCCA